UAUAUUCAGGUAGUCAGCUGACCUCAUUCUUUCAGCACAUACUGUUGCUGAACCCAGACCUAACCAACUGCAGCAACCCAACCCCACAUAAUUGAUCCUUGGUUUAAUCCAGGUGGCGACUUAUUUUAUUUGACUAGGCACGGUAUAUGACCAAAUGAGCUGAUUUUAGAGGACAGUGCUUUGUGCAGAGUCCUCCUUUCCAGAUGGGGUCUCUGUAUUUCAGUAUUUGAGUCGAUGGGGGACUUUUAUUGUGAAAUAUUUCCGGUUUUCCGCCAUGUGUUACGCUGCUGUUCUUCCUCAGUAGAAACGUGGUUGGUGGCGAAGCAGCGGGCUGUGUGUGUAAGUGUAGUUGUAUAGUUUUUUUCUGUAUUUGAGCUGUGUUUAUAUUAAUCAUGACUGAGGGCAAGAAGUCCUCCAAGACCAGCCCGAAGCUGCUCGCCCUGAACCCCGCGGAGGACGCCGAGUUUCAGAAGAAAAUCCAGCAAGUGAAGGGUCGCCCCAGAGCGACCCUGAAGCCUGGAGUGGUAUAUGUGGGCCACAUUCCCCAGGCCUUGGCUGAACCGCAGCUUAGACCUUACUUUUCACAGUUUGGCAAAGUUACAAGGUUACGAUUGUCCAGAAGUAAAAAGACUGGCCGGAGUAAAGGCUAUGCCUUUGUGGAGUUUGACUGUGAUGAGGUUGCCAAGAUUGUGGCUGAGACCAUGAACAACUACCUUAUUGGGGAGAGGCUGAUCAAAUGUCACCUGAUUCCUCCAGAGAAGGUCCAUGAAAAACUUUUUGUUGGUUCUCAGAGGAUUUUUAAAAAGCCCAGACUUCCUGCAGUUGCACGGUACAAUAAAAGUCACAGCUCAGAAGAUCUGAAGAAAGUUACAGGGAAACUUCUAAGAAAAGAAUCCAAGCUUCGCAAGAGACUGGCAGAGAAGGGCAUUGACUAUGACUUUCCAGGAUUCGCAGCUCAAGUUCCUGCGAAGAAAGCUCAGUCAGGUGCUGACACAUCAGUCUGUAGUGAGGACGCCACCCCAGUAUGUACCCCUUCAAUCCUGGAGAGAAGAAAGUCAAUAAGAGUAGAGGAUGAUGACGUUGAUGAUGAGAUUGUCCUCAAAACACAGUCGGUGAAGAGUGAAGAUGUUGAAGGCUGUGAAGAGGACACUGAGGAGGAAGAAGAGGAACAGGCAGAAGCAGAGGGAGCAUCGGAUGAUGUGGAGGGUUGAACCUCUCUUCUGUUCUUUAGGACUGUAUUAGUUCUUUGGGGAGAAACAUCUUCCUAAACUACUAAGCUUUCAUGAUUUGUAUAUAAGACUUUCUCAGUUCAUCACACAGAUGGACAGAUAGAGAAAACGCACAGCUGAUGCCCUCAUUGAGACUUGAGGAACUGUUUCAGCAUUUGUGCAUAUAUUGUGCAUUACAUUUGCUUGUAAUGCAGAUGUUAUAUAUAUGUGUGGCUCUGUUCUGGCUGUGGUUUAGCAUUUAGUUGCUUUGCUUUGUGUAAAGCAGACUAGAGCUUUACAGAGUCAUGUUGAGCUGUAUAAUACACACAGGACUAUGUAUCACCUGAAUAAAAUGUGUGUGAGUUUUCUUCCCUAAAUAAUUUUGCUCCACAGCAGUAGAAUGAGGGAUAAAUCACAAAUAUGGAAAAGCAAAAAUUGUGCUUGUGUCCGAAUGGUUGUUAAAUAUAUACCUGUUAAUAAAGUUAUGCAGGAGAAGUCUGAAGUGGACUUGGUUUGUAGUGAAACAUGAUAUCGAGUACAAACAUUUGUUGAAUAGCCCACCUCUGAAAUACAGCACUUUUAGCCAAAGUUCCCUAUUUUUACACCAUUAACAACAAGCUCAUUAAGUAGCUCCGCACUUCAUUGGUAGAUUUGAGUGUCUCGACAUUUAAAAAAAGGCACUGAGAGCUUUAAAAGUGCACAGAUAGUUUAUUAAAAACACUGUAAACACAGUAGCUUGAGGUAGUUAGUUGGUAGCGCCAUCUUACAAUUGUCACAAUAUGUUGGCUUAUGAGCACAAACAAACAGGAUAGGGUAACGAAAUGCAGUGUUGAAUAGAAAUGCAUGAAUUUCAGUUGCUGCUGAAAAUGUCUGUACAAUACUGAUGCUUUUCCACUGAAUUAUGGAAUUAAUUUUAAUUAAUCUUACCCAUUUGUGCCCGUCCGUCGAGUUACCAUCAUUUUGUUUUGCAGUGCCUCGUUUUAAAGGGAUCAUUUGUCUUGUUAAAAUGCCUUGGAAUUUAACCAAUAAAGUGUUGAAUUACUUUGAGUAAAAUGUAA